CCACAUCGUUUUCAUUUCUGGGAGAUGCCUAUAAUCGUAUAUCGAUCUCAAUAAUAUUGUGAGACUAUCAAAUGAGCUAGGGGACUGACGAUGGCUUCAUCCUUUUCGACGGGUACAUCUUACCCCUAUGACCAAGGAACAACGACUACUACUUCGUCGAGACACCCCUCGGGCAGACCAAAUACUGGACGACCAAGAACCGGAAGACCCAUGACGGCAGCUACAAGUAUAGCUUCCCAGGAUAUAAUAUGCGCAAUUAGUGAAUCAAGAGGAAUAUCAUCAACCGUGGGCCUCGCGUUUGUCAAUCUUUCUACCUCUGAAGCAGUGCUCUGCCAGAUAUGCGAUAGCCAAACUUACGUCAAGACAAUAAACAAAAUUGACGUGUUUGAGCCCACGGAAAUAUUGUUCAUGAGUACAGCCAGAGAUAUACAAUCUAAGUUGUAUUCUAUCGUCCAGGAGAACCUUCCAGAUCUCAAGACCACCACAAUUGAUCGCAAAUACUGGUCGGAAAGGACAGGACACGAAUAUGUGGACCGACUCGCCUUCCAGGAAGAUCUCGAGACCAUUAAAAUCACAUUGGAGGGCAACUAUUUCGCAACGUGCUCACUUGCUGCGGUGUUGAAGUAUGUCGAAGUGGAACUCGGCAUGUCUUUUUCCUUCCAUUCUCUUCGCAUCAAAUUCGAACCUUCGCAGGGAUCUAUGAUGAUUGACCUUGCUACCGUUGUUUCUCUAGAGUUGAUCCAGAACGUGCAGAAUACGAAGUCCAAAGACUCCUUGUUCGGGCUUCUUAAUGAGACACUGACGCCAAUGGGCGCCAGACUGCUUCGUAGUAACAUUCUUCAGCCGUCAACGGAGCCACGCAAGAUCACCGGUAGAUAUGAUGCCUUAGAGGAACUGACCACAAAUGAAGACAUGUUCUUUUCUAUCAGACAAGCUCUCAAGAACUUUGUGGAUUCAGAUAGGAUUAUUACUUCUCUCAUCUUGAUUCCUACCAAACUGUCCCUUCAAUAUGCCGAACAAUGCAUUAAUAAGGUUAUUAUGUUAAAAACCUACGUCUCAUCCAUCAAGCCUGUUUAUGAUGCAUUGGCCACCGCGCAGAGUGAGCUAUUACUGAAUAUCAGAGACCUCUGCAAUCCUACCCGUCAUCGUGCUAUUCAAGAGCUGAUAGACGCAACGUUGAAUGAAGAUGUAACCUACCAAACUAGACCCCUUGACCUGAGGAACCAGCGCACAUACGCAAUCAAGGCUGGAGUGAAUAGUCUUCUAGACGUCGCACGCCAGACAUACAAGGAGGCAAAUGCGGAUGCUGUGGAGCUGGUAUCUGCUCUCGCAGAGGCUCAUAAUCUUGUCCUGGACCUGAAGUUCGACCCCGCUCGUCAAUAUUAUAUCAGUAUGUCUACCGGAGAACUGGAGAAUGGACCUCUUCCAGAUAUCUUCAUCAAUGUGUUUCGCAAAAAGAACACCAUUGAAUGCCAGACCUUAGAUCUUGUCAAACUGAACCAAAAGAUCAUGGAUUCCCACAACGAAGUUGUCAACAUGAGCGACAGGAGUAUCCAGGAACUAAUCGAGGAUAUAAGAUCCGAGAUAUCUGUACUAUUCAAAGUAAGCGAAGCGAUUGCCAUUCUCGACAUGUUGACAGCCUUCGCCCAGCUCGUCACAACUCAAGACUACGUACGUCCGGAAUUAACAGACGUCCUAGCCAUCAAAGCUGGUCGACACCCGAUCAAGGAGAGGAUCCAGUCCAAUAAAUUCGUCCCGAACGACGCCUAUGCCGCUCAGCAGUCUCGAUUUCAAAUCAUCACCGGCUGCAACAUGAGCGGUAAAUCCACAUACAUACGCUCCCUCGCUUUGAUGACGAUAAUGGCACAAAUCGGCUGUUUCGUUCCCGCCCAAUACGCAUCUUUCCCAAUCGUCCACCAGCUCUUCGCUCGCGUUUCCACAACGGACGAUAUCGAAGCUAAUAUGUCAACGUUCACUGCCGAAAUGCGCGAAAUGUCAUUUAUUCUUCACAACAUCGAGCCUAGAAGCAUGGUCAUUGUUGACGAAUUAGGUCGCGGCACCAGCACGACCGACGGCCUCGCUAUCGCAAUUGCCAUCGCAGAAGCUCUCGUUGAAAGCCACGCUCUGGUAUGGUUCGCAACCCACUUCCGUGACCUGGCCCGUAUAAUGUCCGAGCGAAGCGGCGUCGUGAAUCUCCACUUAGCAGUUGAACUAUCACCCGAAGCAUCGAAGAUGACCAUGCUCUAUAGAAUCGCCGAGGGACACGUCCAGGAAAAGUUCUACGGACUCGCUCUGGCCAAACUCGUUGCUCUCCCUCCAAGAGUACUCGAAGUAGCUGCAAACGUAUCAGAGAAGCUGACCGAGAUCGUGGAGCGUCGCCAAGGUAGCUCUAAAGCUGUAGCUAUUGCGAGAAGGCGAAACUUGAUCCUCAGAUUAAAAGAGCAACUAAUGCAAGCCAAGGAUGGCAAUAUGGAAGAUGUAGCUUUGAAGGAGUGGCUUAGCAAGCUCCAAGAAGAGUUCAUUCUGCAACUAGCGGCCGUAGACGCCGAGUUUGCAUCUUCUGAUGAUGAUGAUAACGAACAAGAUGAUGUGGAGGAAGAACUCAUCUCAGAAGUAUCCGAGGAUGCUAAUUACUCGACAGAAGAAAUGGACCAGGGGUCAGGAUCUAGUCAGCGUGAUCAUCGUGACGAAUGCAGUGAUCUGUUAGAUGACUCUCCGGGACCACGCGGUGGUUCUUCCACAGAUAAUCAGGUUGAGGGAUGAAGCCCAAGAGGGUGGAAGGGAUAUCUUAUUUUAUGUAAUUCCUUCUGUGUAUAAAUAUAUAGUAUCAUUUAGUUAAGAAUACAAAGUAAUGCGACCGAA